CGGAACUAAAGUGACGGUCAUGUGAUUGCAGUCAGGACUUGAUUAGCGACCGCACUGUUUACUUUCCGCUGCAGGAAUGCCACUCGACUUUCUUUAACCAUGUACUCUCACGGUGCAGAGAGUUUAAUUAAACAAGCAAGGGAGAUUCAGGAGUCUGAGCUGCAGAAGUUUUACAGCAGAUUAGUCAAGCUGCUCCAGGGAAAGGAGCUCGGUCAUGAGACUGUCGACUCCCUGCAAAGGCUGCACCUCAUCCUCUCCGCCACCAAGUACACCAGGAUGUUGCCUCCAGAGCUUCAGAAGAAGGUUCAGUCGCUCCUCUCGUCACCUAAGGAGCAUUUUCAGGUGCUGAGCUCGGCUGUGCUCAGGGAGACGCUGCCGCUCUCUGGGCAGGAAGGGAACUACAACCAGGAGAACCUCAGUCAACUGAACAGCCAUGCUGCUGCCCUGCUGCUCUCACAGGCUGGAUCCAGGGCUGAUCUGUCGUCUCUCUGCGCUCAGCUCCUUCGCAGUCUGGAAAGCAGACAGUCGGAGGGGCCAGCUCACUCGCUCACACACACCCUGCCGAUCCUCAACACCAUCCUCACACUCAGCCCAGAGUGCCUCACUGCAGACCACGUGACCCUCCUGAGUAAAAAGCUUGUUGAUUGGUUGCGUUAUGCCAGCAUCACUCAGGGAGGCGGUGCUUCCUCAGGAGGAUUUUUCACAGGCCCCAGGUCACGUCAGCCGGUACCGACAGCAGAGCUGGAUGGAGCGGUGUCAGGGGAUUUCUUCACUGUGCUGUGUGUGGGCCAGGGCUUCACAGAGGACCAGUGGAUGAACGUGUACUCCUUUUCCAUGCUUCGCCAUUGGCUCCUCACCUACCACUCUGUUUCGAGCGGCAACGGCACAGCUGACACUGCAAACAGGCUACAGCUAAGCCUCUCCCUCUCCUACUCCUUUUCUAAUGAUGACCGGUCGGAGGUGGACGGAUCAGUGGUUUCCAUGGUUUCAGCGACUUCCUCCUCUGGCCGAUUGCUGCCUCCAAAGGAGCGUCUGAGGGAGAAGUCUUUCCAGUACUGCCUACGCCUCAUCGAACAGAGCGAUCGCAAGGCACACAAAAAGACCGAUACGGACCUGCAGAAAGCGUGUCUGGUGGAGGCGGUGUGUAUCCUGGACUGUGUGUGUGAAGAGGACGCCUCGCUGGUCUUCCGAGCGUUCCCAUGCAUUAAGGCGCUCUUUGGUCGGCUCAGCUCAGACCUGUCGUUUGCCAGAGUCCUGCUGCCCAUAGCUCAGUUCUAUCUCAACCAUGGCGAGAUGGCGGCAGUGGACUGCGAGAGUGUGUGGAAGCUGGUGUUUGGCCGAUUCCCUGCCGAGCUGUUCAACGACCACUUCCUGGCACACGAGCUUCUACGCUUCCUUCGACUGAACCUCAAGAGCCUGCAGUGCCGAGUCCCACAUUACACCCGCUCCUUCCCAAACCUGCUGAAGUUCUUAGCGUGGGACAGCCCAGCGGUGGUAGAUGACUUUGUGGAUUUGCUGCCCUCUCUGGUGACAGCUGGAACUGCAGUGGAGCUUCUCCACACUCUGCUGGACCUGCCCUGUCUCUCUGCCACACUGGUCUUGCAAGUCAGGUCAACUUGUUUGCCCAUCUCUGACCCAGGAGGACAUGGCCUCCAGUCACCUGAUGCAUAUCGAAACCCAUCUUUCCGAGGGCUUUUCCUCUUCCUGCUUCGAGGGGAUGCCGGCUCAGGUGACACCAUCGACCGACUCAGCACGCUCCAUGAGCUGCUAGCUGAGACUACUGAUUGGCCGAGAGUGGUUCAGUGUGCCCAGACUGUCCCCUUGCUUUUGCACAUUUUUUUCAACACGGUCAUUCCGGGAGCCGAUGAGAAGCUUUUAUCACACUUGAUUCUGGUGAUGCUGGAGAGAAGUAGCCUCCUCCUCAACAUCCCUGAAUACAGUAAAGAGAUACACAGGGUGUUCAGCAGCCACCUGCUGAGGUUUUGCAAGCUCCACCCGUCUCUUGUAGUGGACCAGUCUCACGAGCUGCUGGAGUUCGCUGGAGCCAUAACCAACGUCUACAGCAAAGAAGAAAUCUACACACAUGUGGUGUGGGUUCUGGGAGAGUUCCUCUCCGUGUCAUGCGACUCCCGCUGCUCCGUGAGGCUCAUCACUUCCUGUUUUGAGGCGCUGGAGGCGGUGCUGUUUGAGAUCACUUCAUCUGUCCCGCCACCUGGAGCAGAUUGCCCCGCACCCAGAGUCGUCACCACGCUAAUGAGCGCUCUGGCUAAGCUGGCGUCACGAUCACAUGACCUCAUACCCAGGGUGUCUCUGUUCCUCUCCAAGCUAAGAACGCUAACCAGAGGCGGAUCAGUUGCCUGGUGCUCCGAUGAAGAGGACCUUGUUGCCAUAGUAACGCGAGGCGAGGAGUUGUGGUCGCUGCUGAAAGCCCCCGGUGUGGCUCAGAGCGUCCUGACCCCACCUCCACACGUCACCACACCCCAGUGGCACAGAGACACUAAUGUGGCCAUGCCGCUGCGACUGCGGGCCCUCACCAGCCUCACACACUCACAAUAACACACUCCCAAUCACAUACACACACUGAAAUGCACAUCACACAUCAUCAUUUUGAAUUCGCAGCUGGAGAUUCCCUCAUGAAAUCCUACUGAAUCUGGAUUUUUGCACAUUAUUCUUGUAAAUAAAGACAUUAUUUGAUUGA